UCUAUUCUCCACCUCACGAGGCAAGACGCCAAAAACACUCGCCUCGCGUGUAUUCCACGCCCCAUCUCUACCGUCCGAUCUUCAUCCAACGGCCCACCUUCUCCCUUCUUAUACCCCACCUUCCUCUCCUUCCUCUCACUCUCUCCUCUCUCGCAGACGCUGCAACAAUGGCGUCUCUCGCUCUCUCUGGUUCCCUCUCUCUCGCAUUUCCCCCCAAAUCCAGAUCCCUCGGUCUUCCUCCAUUGAAGAGAUCUUUCUCUCUCAAUUCGCCGAAACCCCUCAAAUCCCUUGAUUCAAGAACACUCCAUCCGAUCUCCCUCAAGUCCCUCACGAAAUCCCCGUUUCACCGGAGAUCCGCCAUUGUUUCCGCUUCCGCCGCAGCUUCUUCGCCUUCUCCGGCGGCUUCGGCUCCCGCUCCUGCUGCUCCUGCUCCGGCGCCAUGGCAAGGAGCUGCGAUCAAGCCGCUCAUCGCCUCGAUCGCCACCGGAGUGAUCCUCUGGUUCGUCCCCGUCCCCGACGGAGUUUCGCGCAGCGCUUGGCAGCUACUCGCCAUCUUCCUCGCAACGAUCGUCGGAAUCAUCACGCAGCCUCUCCCUCUCGGUGCCGUCGCGCUCAUGGGCCUCGGAGCCUCUGUCCUCACCAAAACCCUAACCUUUUCCGCCGCCUUCUCUGCCUUCGGCGAUCCGAUUCCAUGGCUCAUCGCUCUCGCCUUCUUCUUCGCUCGCGGGUUCAUCAAAACAGGGCUCGGGAACCGAAUCGCGUACCAAUUCGUCCGAUUGUUCGGAAGUUCCUCUCUGGGUCUCGGUUACAGUCUCGUUUUCAGUGAAGCUUUGUUAGCUCCAGCGAUUCCCUCCGUUUCGGCUCGUGCCGGUGGAAUCUUCCUCCCUCUGGUGAAAUCUCUCUGCGUCGCUUGCGGUAGCAACGCCGGCGACGGGACCGAGCACAAGCUCGGGGCAUGGUUGAUGCUUACUUGCUUUCAGACUUCAGUGAUUUCUUCAUCGAUGUUUCUGACAGCCAUGGCUGCAAAUCCAUUGAGUGCGAAUUUGGCGUAUAAUACGAUCAAGCAGACGAUUGGGUGGACGGAUUGGGCGAAGGCUGCGAUCGUGCCUGGAAUCGCGUCGCUGAUCGUUGUCCCAUUGCUUUUGUAUAUUAUAUACCCUCCUACUGUUAAGAGUAGUCCUGAUGCUCCCAAGUUAGCUGAGGAGAAGCUGGAGAAGAUGGGACCAAUGUCUAAGAACGAGCUUAUAAUGUCUGCAACUCUGCUUCUCACGGUUGGCCUCUGGGUCUUUGGAGGCAAGUUGAAUGUGGAUGCCGUGACAGCGGCAAUUCUUGGACUGUCGAUCCUCCUCGUGACAGGGGUCGUGACAUGGAAGGAAUGCUUAGGCGAGGCCGUUGCUUGGGAUACACUCACUUGGUUUGCCGCCCUCAUUGCAAUGGCUGGCUACCUCAACAAAUAUGGUCUCAUCGAAUGGUUCAGCCAAACCGUUGUCAAGUUCGUGGGUGGGCUCGGGUUGUCGUGGCAACUAUCAUUCGGGAUCUUGGUCCUCCUCUACUUCUACUCUCAUUACUUCUUCGCAAGUGGAGCAGCUCAUAUCGGGGCAAUGUUCACGGCCUUCUUAUCAGUUGCAUCAGCUCUGGGCACUCCGCCCUACUUUGCAGCCAUGGUUCUUGCAUUCCUCUCCAACCUAAUGGGAGGACUCACUCAUUACGGAAUCGGGUCAGCACCCGUCUUCUAUGGCGCAAACUAUGUGCCGCUGGCGAAAUGGUGGGGCUACGGCUUCAUCAUCUCUGUAGUCAACAUUCUCAUUUGGCUUGGCGUGGGUGGAGUCUGGUGGAAGUUCAUCGGCUUAUGGUAAAUCGAAUCAACUCAUGGGGUGGUUGCGCUGUUCUGGUCUAGUCUGUGAUCUCUCUUCCUUUUUUUUUGGUUCUUUGUUCCUUCGGAUGAGAUUUUAAAAUCGUAGGUUUGAUGAGAUUGUGAUUCUUGAAUUCAUUGUGACAGAAUAAGAGCUUUCUAAGAUUGGAAAAAAUAUUCUGGUUCACUGUAA